UACAUUUAAAGCAGGCAUGAUACUUUACGAGUGAAUGCAGUUACACAUAUAUGCAGUAAAGAAACACUUAUUUUGAAUUCCAACUUCGUCAAGAGAAAUUAUAAAAUCUUGAAAGAAUGAAUCGAAAAAAUAUGUGUAUAUGGAAUAAUUCACAUGCGUAUUUCCUUCGACAAUGUAAUGGACUGAAGUUUUCCCCAGAAAGUCGGACAUUCAAAAAUUGUAGCAGCAAUUGUCUGGGAAAACCGUAUUCUAAAUUUGAAGAUGAAAAAUCGGUAGUAGUUAAUCCAUCGAAGAUCAUAAGAUUCAAGGGAAGCAGAACAUUACCCGGUGAAAGAAUUUGUACAGUCGAUCAUCAAUCUUCUACACAAUUGCCAACAUUUACAGUAUUCUUCUACUGCAGCAUGAAUGCCCACUUCAUUUUAUACUUUGUUGGAAAAUGGUACAAGGAACGCCUGUAAACCAUGAGCAAUUCAGAUGAUCAGGAAUGACUAAUAACGGAUGUCAUAAGAUCGAUAGUUUGGAAAAUGUGCGAAGGAGUUUAUAAAUGGCAAGUAAGCUGAUGUUGCGUUACUUUGAAAAAUGGGAAACAUUGUUCCUAGAGGAUCUGUCACAGAAUAGAGAAGACAGAAGUACGUUCUACUGAUUCUGAGAUGACUACGAUGACAAACACGGUCGCUGGUACAUGCCACAGGCAAUGGACGGGUUGCAAUUUCUACAAUAACAUU